AUGCCCGGUUCCCCAGCGCGCCCCGGCCCCGGCCCUUCGAGGAAUGACCGACGCCGCGGCGCCUCUCGCCAUGGAGACAGCUACGACGACGAGCGUCCGAGGCUGACGUCUCCAUCUCCCGAGCGCAAGCGACGCAGAAGCACUGAGGAGCGAAGGAGGAGCGUGUCGCCGGCCAUCGACACUCGGGAGCCCAAGCGGCGGCGCCACGCCUCGCACCCUCGGCGAGAAAAGGGCAAGACUCACACGGUGGCCGACGACGGCGCGGAGAGGAAGCCGCUACCGUACUCGGCACGCCCAUUGGUCAAGGCGGAUCUGCAGACGCUGGAGCCCCUCUUUGUGCACUAUCUCAGUCUACAGAAGCGCAAAGACGCGUGCGACAUGGACGAGCGCGAGUUUAGGGGCAGGUGGAAGAGCUUCGUGGGCAAGUGGAACCGCAGCGAGCUGGCCGAGGGUUGGUACGACCCGGAGAUGCUUGCGCGAAUCUCGGCGUGGGCUGCGGAAGAGCAGGACGAGGAGGCAUUGGAAGCGCCGCAGCAAGGCUCAUCGGGGAGGUCCAACGAUGCCUGGGCCCCCAGCAACGAACAAGGCGGCUCUGCGGCGGGGGGAGAUGACGAUGACGACGACUAUGGCCCGACGCUGCCUCGAUCGAACCCCCGACGCCGUAUGGGCGCCAAGAUACCCUCGCUGCAAGACCUUUCCCUACGAGACGAGCUUAUCCAAGAGUCCAAGGAGGCGGAGCGCGAAGCCCUGCGCGACGCGCGCAAGGCCGACCGGGCGCUGCAAAAGCAGCGCCUCGAGGAGCUGGCGCCGCGCGCCGAGCCGGGGACGCGCGAGCGCAAGCUGGAGAAGCGGCGCGAGGCCAACGAUUCGAUGCGGCAGCUCCGCGAAAAGAGCCCCGGGAUGGAGGCGGGCAACGACAAGGAGCUGAUGGGCGGUGGCGACUCGGUGGACGAGUACAAGCAGAUGAAGGCGACGGAGCGGCGGAGGAAGUCGGAGCGGCAGGUCAAGAAGGAGGAGUUUGAGAGGGCCAAGCGCGAGAUGAUGGAGGCAAAGCGCUUGGCCUGGCAGCAGAGGGAGGAGGGGACGGUGAGCAUGCUUCAGGAACUGGCGAAGCGGCGGUUUGGCUGA